UGCUAGCAUAAAGUUUGGAACCGCAGUGCGCAUGCGCGUAGCCCUUCCACAAGUUGCUGCUCUCACACAAGCAAGCAAGCCAGCCAGCCAGCCAGCCAAGUGGACCAGUACAAAAAGAAGACUGAACGUCGCACGCGGGACCUGCCCGCGCUUCUGCGGAGUUUUACAAGUGGACGCGGUGGAGUUUGAAAGUUUUACUGGACCGGCGGAGCCUUUCUUCGACCCAGACGAGAUCGAGCGGGGGCACCGCCGGUGUUGCGUUCAGGUUCCAGUCAGGCAUCGUGAGCGAGGACACCUUGCAUCGGGGUGCGUGGCAUUCCGGACUUGAUGCCGCUGCUGUUGUUCAUGGUGCUGGUGCGGGACUCGACUGAGUGCGCUGGGCGGCGACCAUGGCUCACACGGUGCACGUGAACAGCAACGGUCCAGCACGAGACCAAAGAUGUCGGAGCUCCGAUAACGACCAAGACCCCGUGGCUCCGUACUCCGUGGAAACUCCAUACGGUUUUCAGUUGGACUUGGAUUUUCUCAAAUAUGUCGACGACAUUGAGAGGGGCAACACCGUCAAGAAAGUGAGCAUUCAGAGGAAGCCCAAAGGGGCCAAGCCGGGGCCGGGGGCGGCGGCGCCGCACCUCGACGCCGGGGCCGAAUGGACGUCCGCCGACUCGCUCUCGUCCUCCAACAGCGACGACAAGCCGUCGCCGGUCUUGGUCAGCCCCAAGGCCCAGCUGACGGUCACCCUCCAAAGGGCGCCGUGCGAAGCCGCACCCCGGCGGUGCUCCGCCGGCGUCGCUGAACCCAAGCCGCUGCUGCCGCCGCCCUCGCCCGGAUUGACGCCGCGCCACAACCCCCGCGUGGAGAAGACCCUGAUGGAGACCCGGCUUCGCCUGGAGCAGGAGCGCCUGUUGAUGGAGCCGCUGCCGCCGCCGCCCCGCCGCCGUCUGGGCUCCAGCGGCUCACUCUCGUCAUACUCUGCGGCGGCCGGCCUGAUCUCCCCCGGCGCCCCGCCGCCCCUGGCCCUCGACGGUCCGGCCCACAAUGGAGAGUACAACCCUUACUACCCGCCGUCCGCCGGCAGCUCCGUCCGCCACAGCCCCCCGAGCUCCGGCGCGGCCACGCCGGCGACCAACGUCAGCCCGAUGCACCUUCAGCAGAUCCGCGAGCAGAUGGUCGUCGCCCUGCGCAGGCUGAAGGAGUUGGAGGAGCAGGUGAAGACCAUCCCCAUCCUGCAGGUGAAGAUCGCCGUUCUUCAGGAGGAGAAGAGACAGUUGGCCGCCCACUCCAAAGGUCCGGGCGCUUUCCGCAAGCGCUCCUGCAGCGUGGGCAGCGCCGAGCAAAUGGAGAGCCCGGCCCCCGUCCCAAAAGAGACGGCGCUGCGCAUCGACGAGCCCCAGCACCUGGAAGAGUUCCGGCGUCUGGCCGCCGAGGUCCAAGCUCUGGAGCGCACCGCCCUUGACAACGGCGAUUCCGAAAACCAGAUUCGGAACCGGGCCCUUCGAAAGUCCGUCGGCGUCGUUACCGACGAAAACAUGAACAGCCUCCGAAUCCGGGCCGGGAAAGCGCCGCGGGAGCGCGGCCGCCGGGACGCGGCCGUGGCCACGGAGCCCCGGGACACCCGCGGCGCUUCGGUGGGCGUCACCGAGGCCAUGCUGGGCCUGACCGGCGAGGCGGAGAAGGAGCUGGAGCUCCAGCGGCGGACCAUCGAGGCGCUGAAAGACGACAUCUACCGCUUGGAGGUGCAGCUGAAAGAAGCCGCUCACCAGGCCGAGAUGGCCAAGCUCAAGCUGGAGCUGCGGGCGGCCGGCGGCUCCGGCAAGAAGAAGGCCGACAAGGGCUCGACCGUCAGGCCCGAGACCUACAGCGUCUGCGUGGAGGCCAAAGUCCCGGUGCGCAGCCGGGGCGUCGGCGACCGGCUCGUCUCGGAACCUCAGAGCUCGUCCGUCGGGGUGUCGUGUCGCCCCAGCGUGUCGAGCGUCGCCGUCGGACCCGAUCAAAGUUUGGAGGCCGCCCGCGAGCGCCGGCCGGUCGGGCUGUGCGAGGCGGGAACCAACACGGCGGAGUCUCUGGACUGCUCGGCCGUCUGCAAACCGAUGGCGCAGUUGCUCAAGGAGACGCGAUCGGUCGCCAGCGGCGACUGUUCCGCGGACGUCCGGGCGGUGUCCCGAGGGACCGACCCGGCGUUUGCGGCCAAAGCCGACUCCUGCGUGAUGGCGGCGCCGGAGUCCGCCACGCAACAGACCAACACCGAGACCGAAGCGGUCAGCAGGUCCACCAACACCGAAACGCCGGCGCUGAGCGACUCCUCCACCAACACGGCCGCCGCCGAAACGCGAACGGUCGCCGCCGGAGAGGGCCUGAUCAAAGACGUCCUCUCGGUCGCAAAGCUUCGCUCGGUCGCCGUGGGGACCGAGUCGCUCCUCGGCCCGUCCUGCGCCGCCAAGACCCAAGACUUUGGCGUGGGAUCCGUCAGCAUUCACGAGAACUUCCUCCUCGGUUUAAAAACGCGCAACAUGGCGUGCGGGCCCUCGCAGCUCCCCGAACCAAGCCAAGGCGGCCAAGGCGGCGCCGGCCUGGACCACUACAUCGAGAGAGUGCAGAAGCUGCUGCGGGAGCAACAGAUGCUGCUGGCGGAGAACUACAGCGAGCUGGCCGAGGCCUUCGGGCAGCCCCACUCCCAGUUUGGAGCCAUCAACAGCCAGCUGGUCAGCACGCUCUCCUCCAUCAACUCGGCCGUGAGAAGCGCCGGCGCCGAGGACCUCCCGGAGCCCCGGCGGGCCCGAGCGGACGCCGCCGCCCGCUCAGACGCCGCGCCCGAGACGCGGGGAGACCAAGCCGCCGAGACGCAAAUUGGGGAUCGGCAGCCGCAGCAGCAGAUGAGCGCGGCCGAGCAGAAGAGCCGCAUGGACCUGCAGAUGUCCACGGCGCUGCACGGUCGGCCUUGCGACGCCAACGCGCUGAAGUCCAUCAUGAAGAAAAAAGACGGGCCAGCCGACGGCGGCGGCGCCAAGAAGAACCUGCAGUUUGUGGGCGUCAACGGCGGCUACGAGACCACUUCCAGCGACGACUCCAGCUCGGAGGAGGGCAGCUCCUCCGCAUCGGAGGAGGACGAGGACGACGAAAAUGAGACGGAGGAGAAGCACGGCCGGGACGACGCGCCGGAGAGGACGGCGGGAGGAAGUGCCGAUGAGCAGGAGCCCAGAGAAAGGUACGAGCUCAGCGAGAAGUUGUUGGCGGCGUGCAACGUCCUCAAAGUUCACCUCAGCAAGCCCGACGACGUGAGCGCUAAAGACCUGAGGGCAAGCGUCAACGCGGUGCAGCACGAGUGGUUCCGCGCCUCCAGCCAGAAGGCGGCAUCGGCGUCUGCCGUGGCGGACUACCUGGCGGCGUUCGGGGCCGUCUCCCCAAACGUGCUGCGCCACGUGGUCAACAUGGCCGACGGCAACGGCAACACGGCGCUGCACUACAGCGUGUCGCACUCCAACUUCCCCGUGGUCAAGAAGCUUCUGGACGCCGACGUGUGCAACGUGAACCAGCAGAACAAGGCGGGCUACACGCCCAUCAUGUUGGCGGCGCUGGCCACCGUGGAGACGCCCGCAGACAUGCGCAUCGUGGAGGAGCUCUUUGGGAAGGGCGACGUCAACGCACGCGCAAGUCAGGCGGGCCAGACGGGCCUGAUGCUGGCGGUGAGCCACGGCCGCAUGGACAUGGUGCGGGCGCUGCUGGCCAACGGCGCCGACGUCAACGUGCAGGACGACGAGGGCUCCACGGCGCUCAUGUGCGCCAGCGAGCACGGACACGCCGACAUCGUCAAGCUCCUGCUGGCCCAGCCCGGCGCCGACGCCACGCUCAGCGACAGCGACGAGAGUAACGCCCUGUCCAUCGCUUUGGAAGCCGGCCACAAGGACAUCGCCGUCCUGCUUUACGCGCACGUCAACUUCUCCAAAGCGCAGUCGCCUGGAACCCCCCGGCUGGGCCGCAAGAUGUCGCCGAGCCCCACGCGCAGGGGCGCCUUCGAUUAGCCUCUCGGAGGCUGACGUUAGCGCAUCAGAGGCUAGUUUUCGCUCAUCCAACUCAACAGGUACUUUUGGUCCAGAGUGGCUACCGCUCCGAGGCUAUUGCUACCGAC